CUGGGAAAACACCAAAAGGAUGAAAAGCAGUGCUUACAAGAGCGAGCGGGUCUCCAGGCUGCCCGUCCCCAGCAGAGCCGCCAAGAGCAAAGAUUCGGAGCUGGUCGGUGUGUACGCCUGGCGGAAAGGACAAGCCCUGGUGCGGUCGCUGCUGGGGCCCCCUCCAGCCCGCCCCGGGCUCUCGCCUUCCAGAGAGCCGGCCCCGGACCUAGGAGCUGAUAGGAAAGCCCCACCCGCCACGGGCUCGCCCGGCCCCGCCUGGACGCCCGCCUCCGCCUCGGCCCACCGCGACCCGCUGUCCCCCGGUCCGCCUGCGACAAUCCACACGGCGAUGGCCAUCCUCCAGGACCUCCGCCAGCAGAUUCAGGCCGGGCUGGAGAUGGCCCAGCGCCCACGGGGCCUGCGGAAGCCGAAGCCGCAGAACCCAGCAGGCCGGAGGCACCAGGGCCCCCCCAGCGCCCAGGCCGCGCGGGGCUCCUCCCCCAGGAGCCCGUGGGCUGCGGGGACAGAGGGGACACGCUCCUCCCUGGGCAGAGCUAGGAACUUCCACGCUCAGAAGCCCUGGGGCUCGGUGGUGGAAAGGAAGCCCAGUCUACAGAGGGCCUGCACGGCCGAGGCCCGGGACCGCCCCUUCCCCAGGCCCGAGGGCCCUUCUGAGCGGUCAGGUCUGUUUCCCUCGCGCCCCUGGACGGCCGAGGCCCGGGGCCGCCCCUUCCCGAGGCCCGAGGGCCCUUCUGAGUGGUCAGGCCCGUUUCCCCCGCGUCCCCGGAGUGCCCUGGCUGGACAGGCCUAUUUGCAGAAGAACCGGGCAGCCCCGGGCCAGGACUUCUCCCAAAGGCCGGGGAGCCCUCCCGAGAGGUUGAGCUCCACCUCCCUGCGGCCUCCCAGUACCGUGAGCGCCUGGGCAGCGAUCGAAGACCAGCAGGUCCCUGUCCCCAGACCCUGGAGCCCUCCGGAAACACCCCGCCUUUCCCCACAGCCGUCCUGGAGCAGCAGCUUACUGCAGAAGGCUGGGCCCCCUCCCCCGGGGGCCAAGGAGGCCUGGCAGCAGCCCCCCUGGGAGCGGGACACGCCCCGUCCCAAGCCCCAGAAGGACAGCUCGGAGUCCUUGCGGGACUUCAUGCGCCGCAAGGCGCAGGCCCGGCGCCAUCAGGCCCUGGAGCAGAAGGCCCUGGCGGCCCGCACGCUGGAGCAGCGGAACCAGAGGCUGCGAGAGGUCUACCGCAAGCAGAGGGAGGCCGUGGUCGGCAAGGGCGCCCCCGUGGUCUCCCAGACAAACCCUAGCAUCGUCACCUUCGUCCCCAGUUCCGCGCAGGCCGGGGGCUUGGAAGCGCCGGGGACCCCGGGGUUGCCCGUGCUGGAGUGGAGCAAGGUGACAUCCGGCAAGGUGCUGGGGGACCAGGAGGCCUCAAGCAGCUUCUGUCUGUGUUUGAACAGAGCCUGGAACGGCGCGGAGACCCUGGACUCCAGAGGCCGCCCGGACGGCCUGCACAGCGUGAGUGGCGCCCCCCCGCUGCCGCCCGCCCCGUCCCCCCGGGGUGCCCCGAAGCGCCAGGCCCCGCCCCGGGGGCCGAGCGUCCAUGCGGAGCCCCGGGAGGCUGAGGCCCUGGGCCGUCGGGGCCCCCUGCACUUGCAGUACAAGCAGGCCCGGCUGCAGGCGCUGGAGACCAUGGCCGACGUCCUCCAGCGGCGCAUCGACCUCCUCACGGCCAAGCUGCGCCGGGCCGCGUCCCCGGAGGCCGCGGGGAGCCUGGCCUUGGACCCGCCACCUCGGGGCCCAGCGCCGAGCCCGCCGCCCCCCCCCCUCGCCCCCUCCACCCUCCCCGAGGACCCGGGUCCCUGCGGGGGAGGAGGGGAGCCCCGGGGCGCGGCGGGCGCGAAGGCCCGGUCCCUCCUCCCCGCCUCCUGCCUCCUGGACGCCGAGAUGCUGCCGUGGCCCUCGCGGUGGCGGCCGCGGAGCCUGAGCACGCCCGCCUCCCUCCGGAGCCAGGCCAAAGAUUCCCUGGACGAGGAUGACUGGGAGCUGAAGAGGCCGCUCCACGCCCUCAGCACCCACACGUGGAGCUCCCUCAGGGCACCGGCCACAGGGACCCGCGCCAGCUCCUCGCUUUGGCUGGAGGAAGUGCCGUCGGUCAGAGCGGCCAGCCUGGUAACGCCCUGGACGGGCCGGAGCUGCGGUGAGCAGGAGCCGCGUGCCGAAGACCUGCGCAGCGGCCGCUUCCUAGCCAACCUCCAGCAGAAGUCCCGGAGCUUCCUCCAGUCCAUGAAGCUGGACCGGUGGAAGCAGGAGAAAGCGCUGAGCCUUCUGCGGCAGCGGGCUGAGCAGGAGGUCUGGGAAACGCAGAUGGCACUGGAUGAGCUGCUCUUCAAACAUCAGCUGGAGGGGCUGAUGAAGAGUCACCCGGCCCGGGCCAGCCCAGGAAAGGCUGUGAGGCUGGAACCACAGCAGCCCUGUUGGGGCUCAGGGCCGACACGCUCCGGUAGCGCCGUGAUGGCUAGACCCAGAUCCCUGCCACUCGUGGGCAGAGACGCCACGGCACGCUCCCAGAGUCCCGGGGCUGUGCCCAGGAGCAGGGCAGGCCCGGCGGCGGCAGCCAUGUUGGAGCAGAGCCUCCACGCAGAGGAGCUGCACGCCCGGCACCAGGCCGCGCUGGUGCGCCUGCGCGAGUUGGCCCUGGAGGAGAAGGCGCGCGCCGAGAUGGCCUGGCUGGAGCGCCCGAGGAGGUGAGCGCA